GGGCGGGGGAGUAAUUAAUACCUUGUGAUGUUUCAUGGAGCUAUACCCUGGUCUACACUGUGUGUCUUAGCUCCCGGUCAGCUUGGCUGGGAAUAGCGGAUGGAAGGGAGACACUAACCCCGAAUGGACCACUACUCCGUACCUUUUCGUUACCCAUAGCCAGCCUUCUCAGACGAGAUGUCGUUCAACCUUCAACUCAAAACUCUCACGUAUACCGAAGGGUUAAGAAUGCGAAUUAGUAUUGAUGUUUAUUCGCCAUGUCGUCCGAGUGGGAACACGAUGAGGAAGUGGAGGCCAACGGGAUAUCCGAAGACGAGUUUGAUUUUGAUGAAUUAGAUGGAACCGAAGACCCCCAGUUAAAACGCGAGGAUGGUUAUGAGCAACGUUUCAGAGCAGCAAGUAAAGCGAUUAAGAGAAAGAGGAGUUUUAAAGGAGAAGACGAUGUCGAUGAAUUCCUUACUGAAUAUGGUGAUGUCGCUCCCAAGUCGUCAACCAAGGAGUCUGGAAAUCUUCUGCACGUGCUCGUAGAAGUCGUCAAGCAUACAGAAGAGAUAGAAUCUCACGAUGUCGAGCUUCUCGUGCGGCGAUUGGUCCGGAAGUAUCCAGACUUAUUGCUAUAUGGCAAUAAGGAUGGUUAUAACCCUUUAUACAUGGCCAUUAGAGCGUCGAAUUUCCAACUCGUUGAGUAUAUGGUCUCCACAUGCGAAGAGUGCGCCCAAGAGAAGGAGACGGCUCCGGUGGCCUCAAUUCAUAUGAGCUGCCUAGAUGAUGCGCUCCGCAAGCAGGCCCAGGAAGGAAAAACAAGUCUUCAUGUUGCAUUAGAGGAGAAUUUGAACGCCAACACGAUAAAAAUGUUAAUAAAAAACGCUAGCGACGAGGCACUCGCCAUUCAAGACAACCUCGGCAAGACUCCAAUGCACUAUGCAGUUCAGUUUGCGCAAUGUACUGAUGUCAGAGCCGAAAUUAUUGACACUUUCAUCCAGCGAGAUCUGAAUGCACUUCACAGCUCCCCGCGGCCACCGAAACUAUUCCUGGACAUGGUUGAUAAGAGCGGGCGUUCGGUAUACCGUGAACACCAAAGUACCAGAGCAUCCACCAAGAAAAAGUUCGAUGCGUGGGCAGCCAAAAAGGCAAGCGAAUCGAGGACUGCGAACAAGACAUCGGAGCAGAACCGAGGGUCCAAAGAUGACGAAGAGCUUGCAUCUAGAGAUCCCAAGGAAGCCGCUCGAAUGCAGGCUAACUCAAGGGAUGUGUCGCACUCCGCUGCACUCAAAUCCGAAGUGGAUCGGCUUGCCGGGAGACCCACCCGCGAAAAGGAGGGGACUAGCAAAGUCGAUGAACGCGAACGACUGCGACAGAAAAAGAAAGAGGAAGAAGCAGAGCGCGAAAGAUCGCGUCAGGAGACGGGCAGACCGAGAGACGAGACACUGGAUCGUGAGAGGUUGCGACAGCGGAAAAAGGAAGAGGAAUUCGCUAGAGCGAGGGAAGAAGUCGCCGAACAGAACCGACUCCUGAAGUUAGCGGAAGCUAAUAGGAGAGCCCAAUCGGACAAUCAUCCAGAUCAGCUAGGUGUUCAGACUGGACAUCAGAGAGGGCCAACAGAGCCUUCUCCUAAUACCCCUAUCAAACGAACGGGAACUUCCCGGUUUGAUAAGCCAGUCCAAGACAAGCCACCUUUGAGGCCACAACAAACCAGCAGAAAGAGCAACACUGGAGAAAGGGGUAACAUGGGAGUUUGGAAGAAGAACUCCGAUGAAAUACUUGCGAAACUCAAACUACAUUACAUGCGAACGAGAGACGUUGAGAUGGCCAUCAUAUUCUUAUACGGCACAAAUAUGGAUGAUAUACAAAUCAGCUUCGAUUACGACCGUAUACCACGCGAAAUAAAAUGGAAAGUAUUCGAGAAUCGAUUCGGUGCUAACAGCGCGACCGGCUUAAAAUUCGAUGAGGUCUUACAAUAUGUAAAUUUCCCACAGGUCAACGUACAACUAACCGGUCGACAAGCCGACAUGGAGCGGGAUUCGGAACAGCGCCAAGGGGCGCGACAAUUUGGAGCAAGCGGUCGCAAAGAUAUGCAACAUUUCUUUAAUUGGCUGUACCAAAAAGGAGUUAGGCAUAUCAUCAGAGUAUCCGUCAAUGACUCGGGGCCAAAAGUCCACAGUGACAAGGCGAUUCAAACGUCGCUCGAGAGGUUCGUCGUCGAGCAAUUGGACUGGCAGAAGACGGAUCUGGAUCCACAGACUAUUCUUCAUGUUAGUAGUAAGGUACCGAAGAAGCCGACGAAUGGAGACCAGAAGAAUAUCGAAUUACUUCCUAAUAGACAGCUAAAGGAAUUAGUUUUAAGAUGGAGUGGUAGCAACGCCGUUCUUCGGGCAUGGAGUGAACCCGAAGGCUUACCACUACUACCCCAGCUCAAAUCAAUUCGUCUUUACAUGCCACAACCUGCUGAAACCUACGAUGACGAGCAAUGGAUCACCCAAAAGGUCAAAGAGUUCCAAGCUAGAGUGAACAAGAACUUGAACACUGGUACUACACGUAGCUUAACAUUCAGGAGCGAGGACAACUCCGAACCGACAAAAGAUACCCGCCAGAUUAAGGUUAAACCCGAAUACGCCAACAUAGACGAGGAGCGCAAACUAACGAUGGACGAUAUGCCCCUCUUAAUAUCUUCGCUCCCCGCCAAAGGUGUUAACUCGCACCGAUGGCUCGACUCCACAUCCAGAUUCGCCGGUCUAAUGAGUAGAUUCUGGAAAGACACCCUCGACGAAUUCACAAGCUCGCGCAAACUGGGCGCCCAAGGAACAAUCGAGAAAGCCGAGGAGGACGUCGUAGUCGCAUUAAUCGACGACGGCGUCGACGUAUUCGAUAGCGCGUUUUCGGGUCAAGUACUCGAGGGGAAGAGCUUCGACUUCCAUAACGGUAAAGUCCGACCGCCGUUCUCGUCGGCGAAGAAUCAUGGAACGGUGAUGGCGAGUAUGAUACUGCGUGUCUGUCCUAUGGCUAAGAUUUACCCGAUCCGACUUAAGACGUAUGAGGUCGGCGGAAAGAAUCAGAUUGUUAUGAAAUAUGCGGCGCAGGCCAUCCAAGCGGCCCUAGAUAAGAAGGCGACCAUAAUAUCGAUGUCGUGGACUAUCCCGAUGCCAGAAGGGAAGAGUAAGGAGAAAGAUGAGAUGAGCAAAGUCCUCCAGAAGGCUGUCGACAGGAACGUCUUAAUGUUCUGCUCGUCCCCCGAUAGAGGGAAGUUCACGGACCUAGACUAUCCCAGCGGUUUCCAACGCGACAAGUUCUUUCGCAUCGGCGCCGCCCGAAACGACGGCACUGUAUUCAACUGGACGCCCGAAGAUGGUAUAAGUUUCGUAUUACCGGGUGUAGAUGUGGUUAAGAACCAACUCGGUAGCGGGACUUCGUCGAGGGAAGUCACGAAGAGGAUAACGGAUUUCGAGUACGAGACAGGCUCGAGCGUAGCGGCGGCAUUGGCAUCGGGUUUAGCGGCGAUGAUAAUCUAUUGUGUUAAAGUGAGUGUGUUAGCGCUGAAAACGGCGAAUGCGAAUAAGGGGCACAUACUUGGUAUGGGUAUAUCGUCUAACGACGCGACUCGUAUCACGGAGUACGAAGCUAUGAAGUUUGCCUUUACCCAACUCGGAGAGAUGACAACGAAUAACUUCAUUCCGGUGUGGGAGAGGUUGGAUCCUGUUAGCAAGAUGUUAGAGGACGCCCAGGCAAGGCGUAUGGGUCAGGAGGAGACUAUCGAACAGUUCUCUCGGUUCGCGUCUUCCCUAAUAAAGCGCGAUCGGGUAGAGCCUGGGCCUACUGGAGGUCGUUGAUGAGAAGGUGGCUUCUUGAUAUUUAGAUGUUAGUUACCUAGGUAGGUAGGCACGAUAUACCAUAUUAUAAAGCAACUGCUUUUUUUAAAUUUCAUCAAUACGGCGCGGUAUUUAGAAAAGUCAACGAAAACAUCAAAUCAAAAACUCCUCUGCCA